UUUAGGGGAAUUAAUUGAUGAAGGUGUCUCCGGACGAGCUCACUUCACUCUGUCAUUUUAUUUGUAGCUAAAGCAGCGGCGGGAAUAGCAGCUGCAUUUCUUUUCUCUUUCUCCCUUCACAUUCCAUUAUCAUAGUGCUCCAAUGGAGAAAGAAGGAAUAGAGCGGCCCAGGUACUGAUCUGCCUGGAGGACUCAGACCAACACCACACUGGCAGAUCAGAAACCGGAUGGUUUUUUUCCCUCUUUUGCAAAAAAACGAAAACCAAAAAAAAGAGCAAGAAUCAACAGGAUGCCUUGAGACACCCGCAGCAUCUGGCGGAGGAUUAACAUACAUACAUGUGUAUGUGCGCGUCACGUAUAUAUUUACUGCAAAUGGUGGGGAUCAUUUAGUGCCCGAGAUGGGAGACCUGAAGUCAGGUUUUGAAGAGGUGGAUGGCGUGCGGCUCGGCUACCUCAUUAUUAAAGGAAAGCAAAUGUUUGCCCUCUCCCAAGUCUUCACAGAUCUGCUGAAAAACAUCCCGAGGACCACCGUGCACAAGCGCAUGGAUCAUCUGAAAGUGAAAAAGCACCACUGCGAUCUGGAGGAGUUGCGGAAACUCAAGGCCAUCAACAGCAUCGCCUUCCACGCCGCCAAAUGCACGCUCAUCUCCCGGGAAGACGUGGAAGCUCUGUAUACCUCGUGUAAAACCGAGCGAGUCCUCAAGACCAAGCGCAGAAGGGUCGGCCGGGCCCUGGCCACAAAGGCGCCGCCGCCAGAGCGCGCCGCCGCCGCCGCCGCCGCCGCCAGCCCCCGCGCGGGUUUUUGGAAGGACGAGCACCAACUUUGGCGGGGCCUGAGCGGAGCCGCGCGGCCCCUGCCAAUCAGCGCGCAGUCCCCGCGCCCGGGCGCCGCCGCCGCCGCCGCCGCCGCCGCCGCCGCCGCGCGCCCCGCCGCCCAUCUACCUCAGAUUUUUAGCAAAUACCCGGGCUCUCACUACCCGGAAAUCGUGCGAUCGCCUUGCAAACCCCCUCUAAACUAUGAAACUGCCCCGCUCCAGGGAAACUACGUCGCCUUCCACUCGGACCCUGCCUAUUUUCGGAGCCUGUUGUGCAGCAAGAACCCGGCCGCCGCCGCCGCCGCCGCCGCCGCCGCCGCUGCCGCCGCCGCCGCCGCCGCCGCCGCCGCCGCCUACUACCAAGCCUCGGCGGCAGGGCCCCAGCCCAAGGCGGCGGCGGCGGCGGCGGCGGCGGCGGCGGCGGCGGCGGGCGCCGGGGGUCCGGUGAGCCUGACCUACCGCUGCAAGCGCAAGCGCGGGGGCGCCAAGGACUGCCUGCUCGCUCCCCACGCCGGCGCCCGGCGCCUGCUGCUGCUGCCCAGGUCCUACAAAGCCAAGGCGGCGGCGGCGGCGGCGGCGGCCGCGGCGGCGGCGGCCGCGGGGGCUACGUGCCUGGAGAGGUUCCAUCUGGUGAACGGCUUCUGCCCGCCUCCCCACCACCACCACCACCACCACCACCAUCAUCACCACCACCACCAUCACCGGGCCCAGCCGCCGCCGCCGCCGCAUCACCACCCCCCUCACCACCACCGGCCGCAGCCCCCUCUGGGCAGCUUUCCCGAGAGCUGCAGCAGCGACUCCGAGUCCAGCUCCUACUCGGACCACGCAGCCAACGACUCGGAUUUUGGCUCCAGUGUCUCCAGCUCCAGCAACUCUGUGUCCUCAGAGGAGGAGGAGGAGGAGGAAGGAGAGGAGGAGGAAGAGGAAGAGGAGGAGGAGGAGGAGGAAGAGGGGGGCAGCGGGGCCUCUGAUUCCAGUGAAGUCAGCUCAGAGGAGGAGGAGGAAGAGGAGGAGGAGGAGGAGGAGGACUCGUCCACCGAGUCAGACUCCAGCUCCGGCUCCAGCCAAGUGUCAGUGCAGAGCAUCCGCUUCAGGCGCACCAGUUUCUGCAAGCCUCCCAGCGUGCAGGCGCAGGCCAACUUCUUGUACCAUCUGGCCUCCGCCGCCGCUGCAACCAAACCCGCUGCUUUCGAGGAUGCCGGCAGACUUCCCGACCUCCAGAGUGGUGUCAAAGCCGAGUCGCCAGAAGAGUGGAAUCUGCAGAGCUGGACCCCCAAAGCGUCUCCGGUGUACUGCCCGGCCAGCCUGGGGACUUGUUUCCCAGAGAUAAGGAACGAUAGGGUAUCUGAGAUUACAUUCCCACACUCUGAAAUUUCCAGUACUGUAAAGAGAACUGACCUGACCAUUAACUGCCUGGCAGAGGGGGCCUCUUCACCUAGCCCAAAGACAAACAAUGCAUUUCCACAACAAAGAAUACUCCGAGAGGCUAGGAAAUGCCUACCAGCAACUCCUACUACACACUGUGCAGAUAACAGCACAAUAGCUGCUAGGUUCUUAAGUCAGGAUUCUUCACGAGCAGCAGCAAAUUCAGAAAAAGAUUCCAAACUCCCUCAUUGUCCCGCAUUUGCUACGGGUUUGCCCUCUUCUCAACCUGAUCCCGAAGUGGAGGCAGCAGUAGGAACAGCAGCAGUAGCAGCAGCAGCUGCUGCUGCUGCUAAAGCAGAGACCCCCUGCUCUGACACGGGCGACAAGACAUUGCCAUUUCUGCACAAUAUUAAAAUCAAAGUAGAAGACAGUAGUGCUAAUGAAGAAUAUGAACCUGAUCUUAUCACAAAUAAGCUAAAGUGCGAGUGCAAUGAUACAAAGGGUGAAUUUUACAGUGUGACUGAAAAUAAAGAGGAGGACGCCUUGUUAACCACAGCCAAGGAAGGUUUUGCAUGCCCUGAGAAAGAAACUCCUUCCUUGAAUCCACUGGCUCAAAGUCAGGGCCUUUCAUGCACUUUAGGUUCUCCAAAACCUGAGGAUGGGGAAUAUAAAUUUGGUGCCAGGGUGAGAAAAAAUUACCGGACACUAGUACUGGGAAAACGACCUGUCCUUCAGACUCCUCCAGUCAAACCAAAUUUGAAAUCAGCUAGAAGCCCUCGUCCUACAGGUAAAACUGAGACACACGAAGGAACACUGGAUGACUUUACAGUUAUAAACAGACGCAAAAAGGUAGCCAGCAAUGUAGCAUCCGCAGUGAAAAGGCCAUUUAAUUUCAUGGCAAAUUUUCCUUGUCCACCAUCACUCAUUAUUGGGAAGGAUGGGGAUUUGUGGCCUGCAUAUUCCUUAAACACCACUAAGGAUUCCCAAACUCCUCACAAGGCCCAUCCUAUAUGGAAAUGGCAGCUGGGCGGUUCUGCAAUACCUCUUCCACCUAGUCACAAAUUCAGGAAAUUUAAUUCAUAAAGAUGUUUUGGAAGAUAUUUUCUUGAACCAUAUUACCUUCCUUUUGUUGUAAACUGCACAGGAUGGUUUGUACAAGUCCAUUAAUGGUGUUACACCCCCUUUGGAGUCCUGGUUUAUCGCAUUUUGAAGACAGAAAUCGGAUUACUUUUUUUUUUUUUCCAUUGCGGUUUUUUUUUUUUUUUGGAGUAGGGUGGGGGUGGGGUGGGAGAAGGGUUGGUUUACAUACCACAGACUACUUCAGGCUAAAGACUCAAGUAAAACUCAGUUAUUAUGGUAGAGCUGGAACACUUUACUGUUUCAAUGCUAAUAAUGCACCGGUACCUCAAUUCAACUGCUACAAAUAAAUGUCAAAAGGUUGAAUAAUAAAUAUUACAAUGAGCCAUUAAGUUUAUGCACUAGAUUUCAGACCUGGAAGUGUAACUGUUAAUUCAGUGAAAGUUUGUUAGGUUACAUGGUUACACAGUGAGGUAGCAAGAAGUUUCUGUGAGCCCAAAAUGUAGUUUUCAGGAGCUCUUGUUUGUGGGGUGUCUUUUUCUUUUUACUCCUCUCAUUCCCUCUCCAAGAGUAGUUGCACUUAACUUUUUGUUGUUAUGUGGGUUUGUUUUAUUUUUGUUGGCUUUUUUUUUUUGAAUGAAAAGAUGGAGUAUGAAUCUUGAUUGAAUGCUGAUUUUUUUUUAAAAAACUGCCUCAUAUAUAAUAAGUAAGAGAAAUGUGGCAUUGUAUUUUUUUAAGGAUGUGCUUUUACUCUUACAGCCACUCCUUGCAAUUGGAAAAGUCCUUUUUGUGUUCUCACCCAAACAUUUUAAAUAAGAUGACUGUUACUUUGUUUCCUGUCCAUCUUGUGAUCUAAACAUGACUCUUCCAACUUUCAAAACAAUGAAAAUAUCUCUCCUAAUAGCAGGAUAUUUUAUGGUCUAACUCUUCAUAAUGACAAAGCCGUAAAUACAAAUAAGAAAAAGAAGAGUUAGAGUUGUAAUACCCCAAAUUAAAAAACAACAACAACAAAAAUCAGUUAUUUCAGGGCUUUUCUGGUACCAGAACUCAGGCACUUGGAUUCUAUUAUCUUAUUCUUUUUUUCUGCAUCUCUCUCAAACUUCUGUUUUCAGACCAUCCUGUGCAUAGAGCAGGAGAGUUUCUACUGCAAGUGACAAUCAGAGGUGACUAUCUAUAUUUGCACUUAAAAUCAAAGUAGUUCAACAUGCAAAUGGCUAGGGUCUAGCCCUUGGUAAGGGCCAUGCUGGUAUACUGUGUUGUGAUGAUGAGAGCAGUAAAUCAAAAUUAUGGAAAUUUGCACUGUUGAAAAGCAUGCUUUAGCUUUAUUUUCAAUUAAAAAACACUGUUUAAAAUUCCUGGUUCCAUACAUUUCUACUUAUUCCAGAUUCAAGGACGGUUAACAGGAAUGAAUGGUUUUGUUGACAUUUUCACUUGUAAUGGUUUUGCCUAAAAGACAUGCAUUUAUUGGGUCUAGUGUUUUGUUGCAAUACUUUGCAACUAGAGCCAGUCAGGUUCUAUCCAUGUCCCUGGUACAUUUUUUUUUUUUUUGCCCCCAGAUAACAAGAAAACUUUAUAAACUUUGUUACAAAUCAAAUUCUACAAGGUUCAGAUUUAUGAAAGUGAAGCAGACAGAGAUAAGUUGCUCUUGUUGUUGUUUUAAUUGAAAGUUGAAUCUUAACAAUUUUGGGGCCACCAAUUAUGUAUCUCAGAUCUUUGCCAUCUUGAAUCUAAGAAGUUGCAUCUAUAGAUCAUAAAUCACAAAGCAAAACAAGGCACCACUGAGAUGUGAUUAAGUCACUAUUUCUCAUGGAAAUUCAGCCUAUAUUCCCUCUUAACCUUUUAAUUCCUGCAGCCUUUGAAAAUUUCCUUUUGUCUAUAAAUGCUGCAGAAAGAUCUGGAUGGUCUCAGCUCUAAUUGCUGUAUAUGCUCUGUGGUUUUCCUCUUGUUUUAAAGGACAGAGGCCCAGUAUACCUGCAUCCAGAUAUACUUGGAUGGAGUAAACAGAUGUUUUGAACUGCCUCCCUUCCUUUCCUUCUUGAAUGUUGCCAGAUGUAGGGUCACUGGAUCAUUUUAUAUUGGAAUGGUAGAUAUGGUCAAAGCAAAAAUUUGGGGGACAUCAUCCUUGAAUUCAUGCUUGUAUACAAUUCCAAAGACCAGUCCAUGUUUCAGUUUAAAAUCUCAGAAAGCUAAAUGACUGGCUUUUUAGUCUGAGAUCUUUCCUCUUUUGAAGGCAAUACACAAUUUAGGUAUAGUGAGUUGUCCUGGAAAACCAAUCUAUAAAAAAGCGUGACACACAGAGUGGGCAUCAGUAAUUUCUACUCUAAUCACUGAUAAGUCGUAAAAGUUCAGAGUACGAGGACUACUAUAUUUAGACCAGUGCUUUCCUUGUUAGUGAUGAACUCAUUGUCCCUGAACUAUAAAUUGAGAAUAUAUUUGAAAACUACAGAUAUUGGGGGUGGGGUGGGGUUGUAAUUUGGAAUAAGUACAAAUUAAAACAAAUAUACCCUAUGGAGUGUCUGACAUAAAAUAUCGGCCUUCAGCUUUGACACUUGGUCUCCAGCCCUCAGAGAAUCAAUAGUUUCAGUUUAUAGGAGCUGGAGAAUGAGCAGUAUGGAGGCCGAGGCAUUCCAGAGUGAUGGCAUCAAAAGGAAAAAAAUUCAAUAGUCAACACAAAUUUCAUCCCACAGUACUACCAGAAGCCAGCCAGCUACAGCAAAACCUGAGUUGGGGCUUCUGUCAGGAAAGUAUACCAAAUAGUAUGCAGGGACUUGUAUGUGCAAGGUAUUCUUUUAAUUCCUGGUACUCCCAUAGCUGUUUUUCCAUCCUGCUAUGGGAAUUAUUCUCAGUAAACUUUAUUUUAUUUCAGUUUUAUGAUUAAUGACAAUAUCUACAUUUUCCUAAGCUGCUAUAAAUGUCCCAUUUGUUCAAAUGUUAAGUAAGCCUUAUUGAGGAAGAAACAAAAGUUACCUCCGUUGAUAGAUUGCAUUUUUACAUCUAAAUGUUUUCAGGGAAUAGAUUUUUUUUUAAAGCACUCUAUGGCUCCAGGGUUACUGAUUCCUGUGUCUAAAUUAGCUCAAUAUUCACAGACAUGAGGAAAGCCUCUUUCUCUGAGUUUCUGGUGAAACAAACUCAUUUUUGGUCUUCUAUAAAAGUAAUUUCCUGAUAAGACUGUGAACUGAAGAUUUAAUUAUUUUUUUAAGAGAUGCAUGCACUCUCUUCUUCCAUAGUCAGGUUAUCUGUCUUUAGAGAAAAGGCAGCUUGCUCCCUCCUCCUCCCCCCCUCCACACACACUAUUUACUUUUUACAGUGGGUGUUCCUUUCUACUGGCUUACUUGGUUACAGUGAAGUAAUCUCAAUAAUGGUUGUUUAUUUGAAAAUCAACAACAAGGAGCCACCACUAAACAGCAAUAAUACAAAGUAGAUGGGCUGGUGUGUGGAUUUUUAUCUUAUUCGUGUCUGGGUGACUUUCAAUGGUUUAGAAAUUCCUCAAAAGUUUUAGCCAACAAGAAUUGGGUGGGGACUUUCUGCUGAUAUGAGAAUGAUACUUUUGUUUGCAUGCAGGAAGAGAUGUAGAAGAAACUAAUUCCUCAAAAGCAUUUUUUUUCUUUCAAAGAAAAUAAAACCAAGAAUCCUCUAUGAUAAU